AUGGCUCAAGCCGAAGCUUUCAUUGAAGAUUGGAAAGCAUCCUAUGCUGAAAUUUGGUACGAAUCGAUAAAGGACGCAUUGGAUCGAGGCUUCAGACCUCGCGAUAUUGGAGCUUUCAGAUCUCGCGAGAUGGGGUUGAUCAUUGAAAAGUUCUUAUACAAGCCUAUGUAUCAGAUCCACCGAGAUUGA